CACAUUUCACACAUAAUAGGGAUUCAGCUUCUGCGAUGUGUUGAGAAGGCUGAACUGCACGGUUACCAGGCUCUCGCUUCGAUUAGGCAAGACGCCCAUCGGAUUUGGAGGAAUGAAAGAUAUCGCCGCUCGGUUCAGGGCCGAGCUAGUGAUCAUGGGGUGUAAACCUAACCACAAUUUGGCCUAAUAAUACUGAGCCAGGAUGCAAUGCUCCUUCAUCCCUUCAAAUUCCACCAGAGUGCCGCAUCCGGCCCUCACCUGUUUAGUGAUAUAAAAUGGGUUGCACCUUUUUCGUGCUCCCUUCAUCAGCUGCACACACCGGCGGCAAACCUCCGUAGUUGCCUUCUUCCGCCUCGUCGCUGCUAUCCCCCCCCCGGCCGUUGCCUCUUUCCGCGCAGGAAAUUCCUCAAUGUGCCUAAUUCUAUAUGCAACAGGCUCUUUGGGCCUCAAAUUCGAAUCAUUCUUUGCAUCCCUCAAUACUUGCACUGCCGUAUCCAGUUUCUCCGUGAUGUGGCGCAACUUUUGUCUGAGAUACACCACGUUUACAACGACGCAUACCACCAGGGAUCUUGGCAGGACCACCUGCUUUCGCUCCUAACCCUAGUAGCACCAGCCCUGGUACCCGCCGUGGCAGCGUCGCUUCCAGGGCCCGCUACCCUGCUUCCCGUGCGAAGAGGGCUGGGGUGCCUGUGCAAGCGCCAAGGUCCUCUUUGAAAGCAGUCCGUUCUUGCUGUCGUUCUCGGAGUGAUUGUGUUCGGUGCCCACGCUGUCGGAUUGUGGCGAUAAUAAGUACUUGGGUUCACGGACUCCAAACGUCUUGGUUGGAAAGGGCCGCAGACUUUGGGCGAGGGUGUUUCCUUUUAUUUAUAUACCUAUUGUCCCAUUCGACGAUUAAAGAAUAAAACUUGCCAUGACGAUGAGGUCAUCAGCCAAUCAAGGACCUUCAGCACUUGAGUUUGAAAAA